AUGACCUCCGAAAGGGUCUCGUCACCUACAGCACUCCACCCUGCAAUCGGUGCCCACCAAGAUGGCGAAUCCCAAGUUUCAGUGAAUAAAGGAGCCUUUGCCUCCCUCGACCGCCCCAAGACAUCCAGUGCUGCACAUGGUCUCUCCUUGAACACGUUCAAAGCUACUCGUUCUGCCGAUGAUCCGUGUACUCCAUCUACCGCUGUUCCGGCCUUAGGUGGUGAAUCCUCAAAUUCACUCACAUCUGACGUUGCUGAUACUUGGCCUUGGGCGGCAUCGACUCGCGCAGGCUAUCUUGGCCACCGCCGGAACGCCCCCUCUCACGACUCCAUCCCCCGCCAAACCAUUAUCAAGGCUCUGGCCUCUGUUGCACGGAACAACAAGCCCGAAGCACUCUCGCUGGACAACAUGCUGGCAACACAGAAUACCGAGACCCCUGGCUCUGCAGCAUCGUCUCAGAGGCUUGCCGAUGCCCUCCAGGAUUUGGCGAGGAAACAAUCAACACCCAUAACAGCAUUGGCUGCCAUGAAGUCCCCGUGCUUUUACCAUCAAAGAUUCGACGAUGCGGUUGACAUUGAAAAGGUUUUGGAAGAAAUCAAGAAUGACGAGUGGAUGUCACACUCCCGCCUUGUUCAGACGGCGACUGGCGUGCGUGAGGUGUCCAAACAGCUACAGCGGCGACCUAUCAAACGCGCUGUGCGUAAUGUCAUGAUUGUCACCAAGGCUCGAGACCACCAACUCGUUUAUCUGACUCGUGAGCUUGCAACGUGGCUACUGCGCACACCGCGAUACGGGUCUGAUUUAGGAGUCAAUGUCUAUGUUGACGCAAAAUUGCGCAGCUCUAGGAGGUUUGAUGCGCCCGGCAUCUUGGCAGAGAACUCGCGGUUUGAACACAUGCUCAAGUACUGGACGCCAGAUUUAUGUUGGAGUCAACCCGAAAAGUUUGAUCUGGUCCUCACCCUAGGGGGAGACGGGACUGUUCUUUUCACGUCAUGGCUCUUUCAGCGAAUUGUCCCUCCGGUGCUGUCGUUUAGUCUCGGCAGCUUGGGGUUCAUGACGACGUUUGAGUUUGAAAAAUACAAGUCACACCUGAGCCGAGUUAUGGGCGACGAGGGCAUGAAGAUCAAUUUGCGCAUGCGAUUUACAUGCACCGUUUGGAGGCAUGACGCCGAGGGCGCGCAGGUGGGCGAGGGGGAGCAAUUCGAGGUCCUCAAUGAGCUUGUUAUCGAUCGUGGGCCGUCGCCCUACGUCUCCAAUUUGGAGCUUUAUGGCGAUGACGAACUACUCACCGUCGUGCAAGCCGAUGGCUGUAUCUUUUCCACCCCAACAGGAUCGACAGCCUACUCUUUAUCGGCUGGGGGAUCUCUUGUCCACCCCGACAUACCAGCCAUUUUACUGACACCUAUCUGCCCACAUACCUUGUCCUUCCGCCCCAUGGUACUUUCCGACACUAUGGCUUUGAGGGUUGCCGUGCCUCGAAACUCUCGGGCCACAGCAUAUUGUGCCUUUGAUGGCAAGGGCCGUAUCGAACUGAGACAAGGCGACCAUGUCACCAUUACUGCGUCACAGUACCCAUUCCCAACUGUCACCCGCACCGAUACAGAGUGGUUUGACAGCGUUAGCCGAACGCUGCGCUGGAAUGUCCGGGCUACGUUGCAGAAGCCCUUUGACGCCAAUGCUGCAUCCGCUGGCAGCGCUUCCCAAGGCGAAGAUGACAGUGCCUGCUGGGAUAUAGACACCGACAGCGCGUACUUUCCCAGCGAAGAGGGAAGUGUUAGCGCUAGCCCUAUUAGGCGACAGAUGAGCAUGUUGGGAUUAUAA